CCCGGGGCCACGGGGCGGGCCGGGCCCGGCCUCCCGCUCGGGCCUUGCGUGCUCGGGCCUGGCCGCGCCGGGAGAAGCGGCGAUGGAGGCGGCGGGCGGCGGCGGCGGAGCGGCGGGCGGCAUCGCCCUGCACGACUUCAGCGGGCAGCUGGGCGAGCAGCGGGUGCACUUCCACGCCAUGCGGCUGCGGGACUCGCUCUUCCUCUGGGUGGGCGCCGCGCCCGCCCUGGCCAGCCUGGCCGUCGCCAUGUGCAGCCCCCGUGACAGCAUCCCGGUGGCCGCCUCGCUCCUGGGGGACCCCUCGGACACCGCUUCCUCCUGCCUGGCGCAGCGCUUGGCCAGCAAGACCAAAAAGCAGAUAUUUGUCAGCUACAAUCUUCAAAACACAGACAGCAAUUUCACCUUACUCAUAGAAAACAGGAUCAAAGAAGAAAUGACAGCUUUUCCAGAGAAGUUCUGAUUGUGCAUCAUUGUAAAAGAAGAUGAAGGUUUUGUUUCAGAAAAACUUAUUGCUAUUUUCACACUGACAUUAAGUUAGUAUAUUUCUUUUGUAUUGUUUUGAUUGAAUUUGUGGUUGUUAUUAAAUAUAGAUACACUUGACUAGGAUUUUCUUUUUUUUCAAAUAGAAUUUGAAUUUUCAAAGCAGAUUUUUUUUUGCUACCCUGCCAAGUAGGAUAGCAAAUGGAUGCUGGAAUGGAUGAACAUGAUUGAAAAAGUGCAUGUGGUGUGUGGCCUCUACACAGUACUGGGGCCUGAUGGCAAAUCAGUUCCAAAUGCUGUCUGCACAAUUAAUCUACUGUGUACUAGCACUGAACAUAAUAUAGCAGCUUUUGGUGUUCAAAUAAAGAAGCCCCACAUUUUUGUAUGGUAAA